AAAAAUUAAUCAAUAAACAGACAGGUGAAGCAGGUGAAAGCAGACCUCUAUUCACAAAUGUUAUUUUUCAGUUUUAUAAAAUGGCAGCAUUUUCAUUAAAUCUUCAGAGAAAAAUAGUGCCUGGUUUGGUGACUUGUGGCAAAUUUGAUGGUUCUCAUGCUUGUCUUGUUGUUGCAACACCUGCUGGUAAUAUAUUGGUGCAUAGUCCACAUCGACAACCACCAACAAAUUUUGAGGGUCAUGAAAACUUGGAAAGAAGACUUGAAUGGAAUGGGGAAGUGGCUGAACUCCAAAUUGGUCGCCAAGUAAUUUCAUUAUGUACUGGUCGUUUGACUGAUGAUGAAAGAGAUAUUUUAUUAAUUGGUACAAUGACCCAUGUUUUGGCUUAUCAAGUUGAAGAAAAUGCUGAUUUAUUUUACAAAGAGAUGGCUGAUGGUGCUUAUUCAUUGGCAGUUGGAAAAUUAAGUUGGCUGCCAAAUAAUGUUACAAUUGUUGGUGGUAAUUGUUCAGUAACUGUUCUUGACUCUGAAGGUACUGAGGUAUAUUGGACAGUUAUGGGUGAUAUUGUGAGAUCAGUUGCUAUUUUAGAUUUUGAUGGUGAUGGUGAAAAUGAGUUAUUGGCAGGUACUGAUGAUUUUGAAAUAAGAGUAUUAAAAGAAAAUUCUGUACUCUGGGAGACUAAAGAAACAGCAGCAGUUAGUGUUCUUCUUCCACUUCCUGGUAGAAAAUUUGCUUAUAUUGUUGAUAAUGGAACUGUUGGAGUUUAUGAAGGAAGCCAAAGAUUAUGGAGAGUUAAAUCAAAACACAAAGUGGUAGCAGUGAGAAGUUAUGAUGUAAAUGGAGAUGGAGCAAUGGAACUUGUUGCUGGUUGGGGCAAUGGAAAAGUUGAUGCUCGACCUCAUAAUAACGGCGAUGUUUUAUUUAAAAUACAACUUGCAUCAGGAAUUGCUGGAAUUGUUGAAGCUGAUUAUAGAAGAACUGGAAGACCAGAUUUAGUUAUAGUAUCUGCAAAUGGUGAAGUACGUGGUUAUGCAGCUGGCUCAAUAGUUGAGAUCCCAGAACCUGGUGAAAUGUUAAGAAAAUUAAUGGCUAAAAAACAUUCACUUCAAUUAGAACUCCGACAAAGAGCAGCAUCAUUACAAACAUAUCUUGGUACAAAAUUAAUGGCAAGUAUAUUUACAUCACGUGGUGCUGCAAGACUUGCACUUGCUGCUGGUCCUGGUUUAUUAAUUCAUACUGCAACUGUUUUUGCUGAGGGUGUUUUUGAGGGUGAAACACUUGUAUCACAUCCAGCUCAACCACAAGGAGAAUUAGAAAUUGAACUUAAACCAUCAAAAAAUAUGCUUAUUGAUAUUCAUGUUAAUGUUAAUUUAGGCUCACUAGAUGCUGAAGUACUUCAGGUAGUUGAAUUAUCUCGACAACUUCCAAUAUUUUGUAUGUAUGAAAUUAUUUCACCACCAGAUGUUUUACCAGAAACUUUAAAAAGUUGUGGAGUUGUUUUUGAGAUUGCAGAACGUCCUAAACGAGUUAUUAUGUGGCUGAAUCAAUGUCUUUUAUUGACGGAAGAAUUACUUGUUGCUGAAGAUGGAUCAAAUGGUUUUAUUGAAAUAUGGCUAAGGGGAAUGAGAGAUGAUAAAAUACAUUGUUUUCGAGCAAGUGCAACUGGAAGAGCAAGUAUACAAACAGAAGAUCCAAAUUUUGCUGGUGAUAUAGUUCAAUCAUUAGCAACGUAUCUUGGAAUUCAAGAGCUAUCAUCAGAAGCAAGAUUUCCAGCUGAAGAAUUAAAACUAAGUUCAGCACUUGAAAGAAUUAAAGAUUUACGAGAAGUUGAAGCAAGACUACAAGCAGAUGCUGCAGGAAGUUCAGCACUUUUAAAAAAUUUAGUUAUACGUCUAGAAGAUGCAAGAAUACUUGAAGAUGCUGAAGGAAUGAGACGACGACUUGUUCAAUUAAAAACAGUUAACGGUGAUGUUAUGAGAGAACAUGAAAUUAGAAUGAGCAGUACUCGUGAAAUAUCUAUAACUUUAAAAGAAUUAAACAUGGGUGUACGAUAUGCAUCAAGACUUAGAGUUGGACGAGCAUCAACAAGUGCAGUAUCUCGUUGUAGAAAUGCUAUUAAAAAUGGAGAUCCAAGAACUCUUAUACAAGCUCUUCAAUCAGGCUAAUUAAUAAUAUAAUAGAAAUAAUUUUUCUUUUUGUUUUUUUUUUUAAUAUAAAAAUAAGCAUAGAAAAAUUAAAUUAUUUACAUAUAAUUGUUAAAUUUUUCGGAACACAAUGCUGGUCCAUGUUCUUCGUAUUCUUCUCUGGUCAUGAGUAAAGAGUUUAGGAUUGGAUCAUUUGAUAAUAAUUUUCCACCUUCCCAUGCAUAUGUGUCUGGGCUAAAAAUAAGAGAAAAAAAUAAGUUUUAAAAACUGUUUGUUGAUUAAAUCAAAUAAACAAACUUACUUGUUAGCUAGAUUAAUAUUAAUUUGAAAUUCAUCAGG